CCCUGUGGCCGGGCGGAGAUGGCGAUGCUGGAUCUGGCCCUGGAAGGACUCGCCGUCUUCGGGCUUAUCCUCUUCGUGGUCCUGUGGCUCAUGCACUUCAUGUCCAUCAUCUACACGCACCUACACCUCAACAAGAAAGCAACAGAUAAACAACCAUACAGCAAGCUUCCAGGUGUUUCACUUUUGAAGCCUUUAAAGGGUGUUGAUCCUAAUCUUAUUAACAACUUGGAAACCUUCUUUGAACUGGAUUAUCCCAAAGUGGUAAAAAAGUUGGAAUAAAUCCAAAGAUCAACAAUUUGAUGCCAGCAUAUGAAGUUGCCAAAUAUGAUCUUAUAUGGAUCUGUGAUAGUGGCGUUAGAGUUAACCCAGAUACACUAACAGAUAUGGCCAAUCAAAUGACUGAAAAAGUUGGUUUGGUUCAUGGCCUGCCUUAUGUAGCAGAUAGACAGGGCUUUGCUGCCACUCUAGAACAGGUAUAUUUUGGUACUUCCCAUCCAAGGACAUAUAUUUCUGCACAUAUGACUGCCUUUAAAUGUGUGACAGGGAUGUCUUGCUUGAUGAGAAAAGAUGUUUUGGACCAAGCUGGAGGACUUAUAGCUUUUGCACAGUAUAUUGCUGAAGAUUACUUUAUGGCUAAAGCAAUAGCUGACAGAGGUUGGAAAUUUCAAAUGGCUACACAAGUUGCAAUGCAAAACUCUGGCUGUUAUUCAAUUUCACAGUUUCAGUCCAGAAUGAUAAGGUGGGCCAAACUACGGAUUAACAUGCUUCCAGCCACAAUAAUCUGUGAGCCAAUCUCAGAAUGCUUUGUUGCGAGUUUGAUUAUUGGAUGGGCAGUUCAUCACGUGUUCAGAUGGGACAUAAUGGUGUUUUUUAUGUGUCAUUGUUUGGCAUGGUUUAUAUUUGACUACAUUCAACUCAGGGCUGUCCAGGGCGGUACUCUGUGUUUUUCAAAACUUGACUAUGCAGUAGCAUGGUUCAUCAGAGAAUCCAUGACGAUAUACAUUUUCCUCUCAGCUUUGUGGGAUCCUACUAUUAGCUGGAGGACAGGACGCUACAGAUUACGCUGUGGAGGCACUGCAGAGGAGAUCCUCGAUGUAUAGCCACAGCUUUGUGACUGUAUUUCAAGAAAAGAAAAAAAGAGAAAGUAUUACAAAUUAUGUUUCUAUAAAUGCUUUUAAAAGAUCUACCUUCAAUAGUUUUAUUACCUGUAUGUUUUCAUAUCUGUUCCCUAAUUUAUUUUGCAUGGCACUUGCAUCUGUGAAAAAAAAAAAGAUACAUCUGUAGUCUUGGCCAAAUGGUACCUUGUUUUUAUGUACAAAAUCAAAUCAAGAGGAUUGGUUCCAGGAUUCAUUUUUCUUAGGAAUGUUCUGCAGCAAAUUCUACAAAUAGCAUCUUUCAGUAUAGCAAAAGCUACUCUCUAUUAAUCAAAGGACAUAAUCUACUGGGAAUAAAUUCUGCAUAGGUCCACUGAAAAUCUGUGGGAUGUAUGCAAAGCACAGCUAUACGUUUGUCCCAAAUGGUCUUCUGGUCAUUGAACUGCAUCCACUAAAAGGCUAACAAUGUAAUACAAUAGUGGUUAGCUUUGGAAAGUACAAGUGGUGGGGCACAAGGAGAGAAGCUUUUUAGAUGAUCUAUGCCUACCUCUUGCAGUUGCUGCACAGCAAAUAUGAAAAGGUAACUCGGCCUUAGGAAUAGCAGAAUGUGUAUCUCUGGGUAUAUACAGAUUAAAUUAUUUUGGUCUCUGCAGUGAGCCAGAAGUUUGAUGUGGAACACGGGAAGAAUUAGUGCUUCAAUGGGGGGCAUCUUUUGGCCAACUCUAACUGGUUCUGUCUUGAACCAUUUUAAUCACUGUGCUGUAAUUAGCCUAGCUAAUCUUCUCCAUUCCCAUUCUGACUUUUUUAAAGGGGUGUUUUUGUUUCUCUGUAAGUGAACAUUUGAUAGUUAUGGGGAGAGGGGAUGCAUUUCAGAAACAUUUCACAUAUGAACUAUUUUCUUACUGUCUUCUUAAGAAUGUAACUCCAUGAAGCAGGUAUUUAUUAUCUUUUUUUAAGUGGGCAUCUUUCUGUCUACACUAGUCAUCCUUAAGUAUCGAAUUGCAAUAGAUGUCAGUAUAUUAAAAGGCAAGAUGAUUUUGCUAUUACUGAUUUGAACUUGUAAGCUUUAAUUAUCAACUGGAUCUUCUUUUGGAUUUUUUUCCUUCUAUUAAUCUGGUCUUUCAAUUGGGUUUUUGUAUUCAAGCUGUAAUUGCUAAGAGAAAAAAAAUAGGUAAUAACCAAUUUGUAAAUGCAUGCUGUUUCUCUCUCCCCACC